AUGAGUCUUCGCAUGUCAUCCUUGGACCCGAAUGAGCCCAGAGCAGCCAAAGGUUAUGCCGGAAAGUCCAGUCGAGAUUGCCGAACCUGCAACCGGAGACGCAUCCGCUGCGACAGGUCGCUGCCGACUUGCAAGAAAUGUGCUCUCAAAGAGCUGACGUGCCCCGGUUACGGGCUGAGGAUCCAGUUCGGACAAGGCGUUGCGAGCAGAGGGAAACUCACGGGCAAGGCGCUGCCUAUCAUUGAACCUGCUCCUCGCGAAAGUGCCGGUUCCCAAGAGAACUUCAGCCCCAAGAGCACUACUCCUGGGGAGAUCUCAGAUGCAGGCGAGGACGGUUUCGAGUUCUCAACGACGACGUUGUCUGGCGCUAAACCAGUUGCCACAUCACGGCCGUCCUAUCGCUCCGUCCCAUCCGGAUAUGACGGAGGUACCUUUCAUAAUCAGUUUGCGCUAGACCUCGAAUUGUCAUCGCAUGUGCUGCCCGACUACUUGCAAGGAAGGCCGGUCAGAGAGCUCCUGCACUACUUCGACCAUCAUGUCGCUACUGUCAUGCCAUGGGUAGACGGGCCUGAAAAUCCGUGGCGCAAGCUCCUGCUCCCUCUUGCGCUCGAAUCAGAGUCGCUGCUUCUCGCCCUCCUGGCGCUGUCGGCGGAGCACUACACGUCCAGACGCGAUUCAAGCUGGCCAUUGAACGGCGGAUUCCUAUCUAGCAACUACCGGGAUAGGAGCUUACAGCUUCUGGCUCGGGAUCUGCGCGCAGAGGUCAUUGAGGAUGCAAAUUCACCCCGGAAAACUCAGGCAAGCACCAUCCUGGCCACUAUCCUGGUACUGUGUAAUCUCGAAAUGAUCAGGUGUGACACAACUACAUGGCAUGUUCAUUGGAAAGCCGCCAGAACCAUAACAAAGCGGUGGACUGCCACAGACCUUGCAUCGACCAUUCUGGAUGAUACAUGCCGGUUUCUCCUCAAGGAAGCUUUCGUAUACGAUGUCUUUGGUUCCUCCACGACAUUCGGUGACAAUGAUCAAAUCCCUAGCUCGGUCUUGACAAAGCAGGAGGCCAAUGUCUUCACAGAUUGGCUGCAAUUGAUUCAAGACGUGACUCGCGCUGAAAGACGCCGCAACGACAAUCCGUUCUCAGCUGAGGAAGCAUCAGUGGCGUUGGCAAAUAUGCAGGGUUUGCAAGAGAAGUUCGAGUACGCUCGAGAUCGUUCUCGGACAUUCAGCAGGCGCUUCGACUUCGGCACACCUGGUCCACACAACGACUUUACUGUUCUCAUUGAUAUCUUCCACUAUGCUGGACUUGCAUACAGUUUCCAAGCUCUUCUCAACACUCUCGACCAUGCCGUUCAGGCGUCGCUUCAGGACCACGUCACCGGUGUCAUCACUGCGAUGGGCCAGAUUCGGAACAAGGACGCCUAUCAGCACGAUCUCGUAUGGCCGCUGUUUGUCGUGGGAACACAAAGCAGGCAUAACAAGGAUACCCAGGAUUUCGCCGAGACCAAACUGCUGGAAGUCAUGAACUCAACGGGCUUCUCCAACUGCUACCCAGCACUGGAGUUUCUGCGGCGUUUCUGGGCGACCGAUCCCCUCGUCGUCGCAGAUUGGAUGCAGUUUGCUCGGCAGGAGUCUAGACAGGGCAAGCAUUUUCUGGUGAUAUAA